UCGAUGGUACGGGGAAAAUGGCCGAAUCUUCGACAAAGUUCUACUGUAAUUAUUGUCAAGAUGAGCUGAGAGGCGUGAGAGUGAAAUGCAUCGAAUGCUUGGAGGCCGACUUCGAUCUUUGUUUACAGUGCUUCUCUGCUGGUGCAGAAAUAGGAACUCAUCUGAAGACACAUGACUAUGAAGUAUUGGAUAAUGGUGCCUUACCGUUGAUGUAUGAGGAUUGGUCAAGUAGGGAGGAGAUGAAACUUCUGGAGGCCAUUGAAAGCUAUGGCUUUGGGAAUUGGGAAGGUAUCGCAAAUAAUAUAGGGACCAAAACAGCCAAGCAGGCAAUGGAACAUUAUACAGAAUUUCUUGUAAAUGGUAACAUAGGCCAAGUAACCAUACCAACAUCAUUAGAUAUCAAGGUAAAAGACCACACAGGACCAAUUGAUGGUCCUUUAUCACCUAGCUUAAGAUCCUCAUUAAAACCGGUAGAAAUGCUAUUAGAAGAACAGCAACAACUUGGGUUUAUGCCUUUAAGGGAUGAUUUUGAAAGGGAAUAUGAAAAUGAAGCUGAAAAAAUAGUUAGUCAACUACAAAUCAAUUUAGAAGAUGAUGAAUUAGAUGCAGCACUUAGGUUUGCCCAUGUAGAUAUGUAUACUAAAGUCUUAAAAGAAAGACAAAGAAGAAAACAAAUAUCAAGAGAGUAUUCCUUAGUGAAUGAGCUCUUUGCCAGUAGUAGAGCAAAACAGCAAACUCCCAAGAAAAAAAUGUCUAAAGAAGAAUCUGAAUUACGGGAGAAAAUGCGAGAAUUUUGCCAAUUCCAAAAAAGUAAAGACCACGAAGAACUAUUUGAAAAUAUGCAACGUGAAAAAGAACUCAAAGCAAGAAUUAAAGAAUUAAUACGGUAUCGACGGAAUGGUAUCACAAAAUUAGAAGAAUGUAAAACAUUUGACGCAGCCAGAUUUAAACGUGAUAAAAGGAAAGAUUACAAAAAGAAAUUAGCAGAAAAAAAUGCAGGCAAGCGAACGACUCCAAAAAAAGAAAUAAAAGAAGAAAAAAAUACAAAAAAUGGAAGAGAAAUUGCUGAAGACGAGUUCCAAGCGAUCAAGUCUUCACAUGGGUUUAACUAUCUAUCUGAACGAGAGAAGAAGGUAAGCCGUGAGGGCGCUGUAAGGCGAAUCUACUACCAAUUAAGACACCGAGUUUGUGCAGCUCCAUGAGAAUGAAACCGGGCAGGUAUAUUAUGCUGAAGACCAUCAUCGUUAAGGAUUACUUGCUGAGACGUCAAGGAGUUUCAACUAGGCCUCGUUUUCCAGGUAAUCUUAACGUAACUCAUCGAAAACGUAUCGUGAACUACCUGACACGGAGCGGCUGGAUUAAGUCGAAUUAGAAGCAAAGUAAAAUUAUCCACCAAUGGUGAUGAGAUGGAGAUAAACUCCAACAUGGAAUGUGCUUGUAGUAUAGUAGUGGAGAUGAACAGGAACAUUAACCAGUUUCUGUUGGAUCUGGACUGAUUUGCUUCUGGAGUAGAAAAAAAAUACAAGGAGGUCACUCUUGCACAGAGUCGUUGACCUCUUGUUGGGCCAAUGCUUGACAAGGACUACUGCAGAUGUUCUGCUGUAUUCAAGACCCGUGGUGCUGAUUAUCCUUUCGCAAACUUACUGCCAAAAAUAAUCUGGUAACUGUUUAGAUAAUAUUCAAAAGAACAAAGCAUACACUAAGGGAAUGUUAUUGUAUAAAAAAGCAUACAUUCUACUUUAUAUGCUAUACUAUCAGUAUAAACAAGUGCUGCACAUUUUAUACACGUAGUCAUGAUUAUAUCAUGAUCAAAGCAAAUACAGUAUUUCCCUGCAAUACCCCUUGCUUCCAUCAUAUUAGGGACCGCAUUAGGUCCAUAGUGUAAAUAUUGUUAACGAGAUAUCAUCUCUACAUAAUUUAUUUGAAAUAAAACAACAAAAGCUGGUUUAAAAUCUUGAUACCUUUUAUAAAUAAUAACAAAAAAGACCUUUUUUAUUAAUACUAAUCCCAUGAAAAAUAAAGUGUGUGUAAGUAAGUAAGAAAAUACAUACUGUAAACCGCCAUUCUGUUCAUUUGAGUAUUUUUGUACGAGAUUUUAUAAAAUGUUACUUUAGGAAUCCUUUUCACACCUUGUGGAUUUGAUGUCCAUCAGUGAGGUUGCUUAAAAGUGUUUGUUUUCAAUGCCCUGUGAUUUAUAUACUAAAAUGCUCAGUAUUUACCAAAAAUGUUUAAACGCAACAAAUUUUUAUUCAAAGUUUGAUACAUAUUCCUAUUCAGUAAGCCUAUACAGUGUUCGUCCUCUGAAUUUGAUAUGCAUUAGUAAAUGAAGAUAAUAUUGUUAAUGUAGUAGGGACAUUUCGCCACACACUUCUGCCUACAACAACGUACACUAGAGACGUGUGUUGUGCCCUGUGUCCACUCUAUCAAAUUUGAUGUGACAAGUUUGUAUGAUGUGCCCAUAUAUGGGCAAGAUGAUGUCAUAUUACACCCAAAUAUGGGCAUGUCACAUUUUUUAUCACAUAAAAUUUUGUAGUGUGGACAGAACUUAAGGCCUGUUCACACAAUGAAUGAAGUGUGAACCAGAACAUCAUUUAAGCAUUGUAAAAGACGUCCAAUAUUUAUUGUUUGGUGAAAUUUCUACGCUACACGAUAACAAGUAAAGGCAUUAUUCAAACAAUGACAUUAUGCUGUUUACGUUAUUACCCCAAUCAUCUAUGGAACACAUACUCCGAACACUGCAGAUAGUAAUUAGUGCAUUUCAUGAUAGUAAUAACAAUGCGCUAUUUAUCUAGUGCAUAAUGCAAUAAACUGUAUAUUAUGCACUUUACAUUUUUACCCUGGUCAUUAUAUCAAACACUUAUAGAUCACCAUUUCAUAAGCAGCUAAAUUCAGCGUUUGGUGUUUGAAUGUAACCAGGUACCCACUUUUCUACCGCAUAGAGGAACAACUGUACCUUUAUUGCCUUGUUCAAGGACACAAGCGAAAUGCACAACAAGGAGUUCGAACCCCUGAUCUUAAAGUUGAUAGUCUGCAUCUCAACUGCCGUGCCAAUCGCUCAACCAUAAUCAGAAUAACCUCUUUGUUUCGUGCGUUCCAGUACAGAUGUACAAACGGUGUAUGACCUGCAUAAACAAUAUUAUAGGCCCCUAUAUUGAGGUUCACACAUUUUCUACACACAAACAUAUCAAACAAUGUGUGGCGAAGUAUCCCUAUAAUGACACACCCAAAAACAUAUAACUAUAGUUAGGUACUUAAUCUAGCAACAACAUCAGUUUUAUAUUUUUAUUUUAAUAUUUAACAAAGCUAUUUGAAUGAUUGUGCUAUUUCCAGUCAAAUGUCAUUUGCAGAUGGUGCUAUAGUCUCAUAUCAUUUUUGUACUUCUGGAAUAUAUUGUGAUACAACUCCAAUCCUUUGUUUACCAUGGUAUUUAAACUCUGAUAUAUCUGAAAAAAAAUUUGCACAGUACUUUAAAAUCUUCCUUUGUAAUGGUGAUAACAAGAAAACAUUAUUUUGGUUUGUCGAUCAAAAUUUAAAUACAUUUUGGGCCUGUUCAGGCUUACGAUAUAUGCGAUAAAAAUUGUAGCCAAUUUAAUUGAUACUGCCUGGAAAUAACAUUUGUUUUUAAAAUACAUUAACAUUAGAUAAUGCAAUACACCAGUAUUGGCGAUACUGUGCAACUCUGUAUGCGGGCAUAUACGGUAAUACCGCAAGUCUUAAUUUUGUCAAGAUAUGACCUUCUGAAGGUAGAAAUACUUCCGUUUAUAACACAAUAAUAAUUUUGAACUAUAGAAUCGCCUUCAAUGUAAGGAUUUUUGCUCGACUAAGAAAAGGAAAAAUUCUUUCAAAAUCUGGACCUAUUUUUUUCCGACUUAGCAUUUGGCCUUUAAUUAGCACAUAGGAAAGCAUUUACAAAUCCACUGGUUGGUAUAACAAGACGAUCACAACUAGAUCUUUAGUAAAUAUUAAAGUAGAGCCGAGAAAAAUUAUUUAUUUCAAAAAAAGUAAUUUUAAUUAUAUAAAAAUUGUGAUCAUUUUAUACAAACAAAUGACAUAUAAAGAAACAAAAGAAUAUAAAGAUUAUUUAUUCAAUAAAAGCUGAAUUUCAACCACAUUGCUGUUCUUCCAUGAUAUUUUGAACUCGGUUCAUAUUAUCGAGUUUUAUGUUUCAAAUACCAGCACGUGUGAUGUGAAAUCAUCAUGCCCAUAUAUGGUUGUGAUAUGACAUCACUAUGUCCAUAUAUGGAAAAAUCACAGAUAUUUGUCCCAUAAAACCUGAUAAUGUGAACAAAGAUACAGAGCUGCAUAUGUUACAAGGUUGCCUUCCUAUUUUAGUGAAACUUCUCUUUUGUGUUUCCCAGUGUUUUACUGUGUUAAUUCACAGCAUGGAAUUUGACUUUUUUGCUGCCCAAUUCCUGACAAAAGCCAACUCAUUUUUACGAGUCUAUUAAUUCAAAGUGUUAUUAUGGUAUUAACUAUGGUAUUCAUAUAUUAGUUUACUUGCCAUUUUGUGUUUGCUCAUGAUGUUGAGUUUCUCUGUGUUAAUAUUAGAUGAAUCUGUGAAAUAUUUCAAACGGAUAAAAAGGUUACCAUUGAUUGGAUAUGGUUUAGUAUAAUGCGCCUUAUAAGACUUAGCUUUAGAUUGGAUUGGAUUAUUAUAAGACAAGGUUAAAGUAAGCCUCUACAGUAAGCUAUGGAAACGUGUGUUUAUGCUACUGUUUGUGAUUAUACUUAAGUUUUUAAUGCUCUACUUUGGAAACAAAAGUUUCCAUUCUUUGGUGAUAUUUAGGAGUCUCAAGUUUCUUGCAUUUUACUUUAGAAACAAAUGUUUCACCUUUUGAUGUUACUAUAAGGUUACUAUUGUUCUACUUUGGAAACAAAUAUUUAUUGCAUAGGUGUGUAGUUGAUGUCUAUGACUCUACUCUGGAAACAUUUGUGUUCCAAUUAUUGCUAAUUUUUGCUAUGAGAAUUCUGUUCUGGAAACAAAUUGUUCCAUCUUUCUCUUGUAUUUGAGUGUCUAUUGUUCUUAUUUAGAAACAUAAUUUUUCAUGUUUUAUUUCAGCGAUUUGUUGUGUCUAUGGGUCUGUUUCUGGUACAGAUUUGUAUAUUGUACAGCACCCUGCUUUGGAAACAUUUUUGUUUCCAUGUUACUUGUGCUGAAGAUUUUGUAUCUUCACAUGUAGAAGCUUAUUGUGAUUAGUAGUGGCUACGAAUUGUUGGAUGUAACAGACUAUCACAUCCUGUCUGUGUUUAUUGUAAAAGAGAAAGUUUUCGAAAUGAUGUAAUUUGAUGUAAAUACGAAAGAUUUGAAAUGUGGUUGAUUGGUAAUGAGGUAAAUGAAUGGAAACUAAUAUUAAUGAAUUAUUAUAUUAUCUAUUUGUGUUGGUAAAAUCUAUUGUUAAAAGAAUGCUUUUUAUUGUUAAGUAAAGCAAAGAGUAAAGAAGUUUGAUAUAAUUU